AUGAGGAGUGGCGGUGGGGGGGUGGCCGCAGGGUCCCCUCUUACUAACCCCCACAUCCCCACCCCCAAUCAACCAACCCCCUAUAACCUCACCCCCCAUUUGAACCGCCCCCUGGAACCGCACUCCCUCUCCCCUUUUCUUCCUCCAGACCCCUCCCCACCCACGAUGGUCCCUGUCCAAUUCUUCACAGGUGGGGCUGCUGGUCACGGGUGGGGCUGCUGGUCACAGGUGGGGCUGCUGGUCACAGGUGGGACUGCUGGUCACGGGUGCCUGGUGCUGGCGGCUGGCGGCUGGCGCUGGUGCUGGUGCCUGGUGCUGGCGGCUGGCGCUGGUGCCUGGUGCUGGGGGCUGGCGGUGGUGCUGGUGCCUGGUGCUGGCGGCUGGCACUGGUGCUGGUGCCUGACGGCUGGCGCUGGUCCUGGUGGCUGGUGCUGGCGUAACGGCGCUCGUGCCAAUGCUGGUGCUGGUGACUGGCUUCGGUGCUGGUGCUGGUUCCUGGUGCUGGUGGCUGGCGCUGGUGCUGGUGCCUGGUGCUGGCGCUGGUGCCUGGUGCUGGCGGCUGGCGCUGGUGCUGGUGCCUGGUGCUGGCGGCUGGCGCUGGUGCUGGUGCCUGGUGGUGGCGGCUGGCGCUGGUGCUGGUGCCUGGUGCUGGCGGUGGUGCUGGUGCCUGGUGCUGGCGGCUGGCGCUGGUGCUGGUGCCUGGUGCCGGCGGCUGGCGCUGGCGCCUGGUGCUGGCGGCUGGCGCUGGUGCCUGGUGCUGGGGGCUGGUGCCGGUGCUGGUGCCUGGUGCUAGUGCUGGUGUUCCGCCGCCACUCCCUUCCCCCUUUUCCUCUCUCCCCCACAGCAUUCCGCCGCCACUCCCUUCCCCCUUUCCCUCUUCCCCCAUAG